AUGGAAUACUUGGAGGACUACCACCAAGCUCAGGGACAAUUGCAAAGUCCAGAAAUAACUUCAGGCAGUAACGUUUGGAUUCCUCCUCCAGAACUGGUCUACAAGUUGAACUUCGAUGCGGCAAUUUUUUCGGAGUUGAGUUGCUCAGGGGUUGGGGCAAUGAUUCUGAAUGCGAGGGACGAGUUCAUGGCCACAAUGUCAGCAAGAGACCCAUCCGUUUUUGACAGUUUAAAGGCCGAAAUUAUAGCUUGUAGAAAGGCACUGGAGUUUGCUAUUGAUGCUGGGUUCACAGACUUAGUCAUUGAGGGAGAUAACAAAAAUGUUAUGCAACUUGUCUCGGCUUCAAGGGAAGACUUCUCACGGCUUGGUCAUGUUAUCCAGGACAUCAAAUGGCUUGCACAAGGACUACGUAGGGUGUCAUUUAGUUAUGUUAAGCGGGGUGCCAACUCAGUGGCACAUUCCUUAGCUAGAUUUGCAAAAAAUGUGGUCGAUGAUAUGUAUUGGUUGGAGGAUAGUCCCCCUCCUGCGUUAGAUGCUCUAUAUUAUGACUCACUGCAUUUAGAUGAAUGA